AUGGCAGCGGGCUUGCCCCCGCCUGGUACUGCGGUUCCACCGGUGUUCCCCCUUGAAGAUGCAGCAGAGCUGCAGAGACGGAGCAUCAGUGGGGCACAGGCUUCCCCCUCCCUUAGGAGCUCACGCAGAGUGCCCGGGGCUUGGAGCUCGCACUGCUGCCCCUCUGGGCACCCCUCGCGGAGCAGCGGGCACGGCCAGCGUGCCCAGACCCUGCGGCUGCGGGGAGGCCGAGGGUGCCCGUGGCCUGUGACUGCUCUGGAACAAGGGCGCUGUGGCGGCAGCCGCCUCCGGCCGCCGAGGUUCUUUGAAUAUAUAUUGCUCUAUAAAGACGCAGUGAUGUUUCAGAUUGAACAAGUUACAAAGCUUUGCUCGAAGAUUGCUCUUACAGAGCCAUGGGAUCCAUAUGACAUUCCUGCCAAUUCAACUUACGAAGAUCAGUACUACAUUGGGGGACCUGGAGAUGAAAUUAUGGUACAGGAAUGGUCUGACAGAAAACCAGCCAGGAAAUCGGAAUCCUGGGUCGGUGUUUACACCGUCAAAGACUGUUACCCCGUGCAGGAAACCUACACCAAGAACUACAGCGUGACAACCUCCACUCGCUUCUUUGAUAUCCACCUUGGCAUCGCAGACCCCUCGGUGUUCACCCCACCCAGCACCUGCCAGACAGCCCAGCUGACAAGGAUGAAAGAUGAAUGCUGAUUAUGGACAYUGGCUGCCCUGGGCAAACACUUGUUAGCCAAAAGAAUGGUUAUUUGUAGUCAGUUGUUGACAUCUAAGCUGAUUUUUUAAGCUAAUCGUUGUUCUUUUUGCAAUUUGUAAGUUUUCAUUUGAAAGAGAAGAUAAGCAUAUAACUGAAUAAAAUAUGUAACACAAAAGGUCUCCUUCAAUCAUGUUAAUCUGUUCAGUGAUGCACUUGCAGUGUUAUAUAGUUGCUCUUAAGAUAAUAUUUCUAGAUACUAUUUAUUUAAGGUUGAUUCUCCUUUUGCAAAGAUUUAAUUUUUUUUUCAAGAAGUCAAAGCAUAAGCAGAUGGCAGCAAGUGGUACUGUCUAGAAGAAAAAGCUAUAUUUUGUUGUUGUUUUUACUUCUGGAGACUUGAAGGGAAARAUAACCUGCACAAAACCUCAUCCCUGAGUGAAAAAUACCAUUUUAAACAAUAUACGUCAAAAUUGUGGAAAUUUGUUCUUUUGGUUUUAUUUUGCUUUGUGCUGUGUUUUGGUUGGGUUUUUUUUUUUCCCUUUCUGCUCUUCAGGAAGCUGAUAAUAAAUUUUUGAGCUAAUUUUUGUUUUUUCUGAAGAGAAACUGGAGAAGCUUUUUUCAUGCUAGCUGACAUGCAAAAAAUACUUUYCUGUUUCUUGGGAGAAUGGUAUGAAAGGAAGGGAAGGAGGGAGAGGUAYACCUUCAAAAAGAGUAGGCCAAAGUUUUUAUGCAUUUAUUACCCUUUUGGGGAAGGCUUCCAGGGUGUGAUGAGACCUUUUUCAGUCACAUUUUACUUCAGCACUCACUUUUCAAGGCAAUACUAGUUUUAACCUAUGCAAAGGGAUUAAAAGGUACUGCACUCUAAAAUGAUUCAAUGUUUUGUAACUAUUUUCGAAAGUCUUCACUCAGGGUGUGGAAACACCUUUUACACCUUUGUAAUUCCAGGGAGAUUUUAAGGAAAAGAGCCGUUCUGAGUGCACAGUAAAAGCUGAAUCAGCAUUCCCAUAGUGCCUGGUGGUCUGGAUGGAGUGAAAGACAGAGCCAUGUGACCUGUGCAGGAGGAAGGAGUGGGAGGGCACAGGUUUAGAUGUCCUGUGUGUGGUGUGACAGUGAGGCACUGCAGUCUAAGCAGACAUGAAAAUCUUGCUUUCUUKUGCACCCACUCCAUUGAUGCCUGUUUUAUUUGGUGUUUCAUCCCAAAAAAGCGCGGAAGUUCACAUAUCUUGCGUUAGAAAAUUCAAACCAAACCUUCAUGCACCUUUGAAACUCUCAGAAGUAUGAAACAGUGAUGGAUUUUGCACUUUUACCAAAUGAGAUUAACUGAUUUGUUCUGUAAGGUAUGCUUUUUAUUAUUUGCAAAUAAAUUUAAAGACAGAUUCUUGUCCUCUUUCAUGUGUGGGGUCAUUGUUUGCUCCAGAAGUCAUCUGKCUGUAAACAGUACAACACUGGGAAGUGUGGUGUCUCCAGAGGAGAGAUGCUGGGCAGGCUUUUAGUGCUUUAUAUACUCACAGCUUUUCGUACGUAAGCAAGURGGACAGUGGUUAUUUUGCUUUCACAGUGGUGGUCAGAAUGGCAUUUUACUUAGCCCCAUGCCUAAUGAAAGCRCAUAUACAUAUCAGUUAAAAUUUAGCUAGUUCAUUAAAAAUUUCUCUUGGAGAGGCCGAUUUCACUGAAGUGCACUGGUGGAAAGAAGGAUUGGGUUUCCUUGAAUUUAGAGUGCAUUUAUUCUGUACUCGCCUUCUGUAUUUUUUGUGUGACACUMUAAAUGCUAACUGCAUAUUGUUCUCAUUAGGACAAUGAUUAACAUGCAUUUCUUAAUAUGUGUCUUGUUAGAAUCUGGAAAAUAUAAUAAAUCUGGCUAGCAAGCAUGAAGCUGUGGUACUGUACCAUUUGGGAUGGCUUUGUUGCGGUCGAGGAGAUAGCUGGGUAAUCAGGGUGUCUGUAUUAUGUUUUGCUGACAGUGAUAUAGUUUCUAGCAAUAACAUUAAAUGUUCCUUUAAAUAUGAGUUUGCAGAUUUGCAAAAAUCUGGUACACAAAAGUGCUUUAAAAAUUUUUGCCCUGAAAUGCAGGGCAAUUUUAUACGGUCAAAUAUUUUCCUCUAAAACAAUGCUGUUGUCCUCAUAUUUAUGCUCUACAAAUCCAAGGAAGGGAGUUGUCAAAGAGAUACCAAGCAGUAAAAUUUAGGAUAACAUAUUUUAAAUUAGCCACAAACCAAAUAUGAAGCACAACAUGCGUAUGCCUGGUUUGUUAUCUUUUGUUAUGAUGUGCUUUGGUUUCUUGUCAUGCACCACAAGAGACAUUUUGUCUUUAUGCAACUACACCAGUGACUCAGUAAGAAGGGGCAUAACAGGAGUAUAAGGGAGCUGUAUGGUAUGCUGCCACAGUUGAGUAAAAAUGGGGGGUUCAUAUGUCUGAUUGUCUGGGAAACUUGUUUAUCGCAGU